GUCAAAUCAUAGCAACUUUUUUUUUAGCAAGAUUCACGCAACUUCAAGAAUCUAACAAAUUUGUUUACAUAAAUCCUCGGAAUUUUCAAUAAAAAUUGAGAAAAAUGCGCUUAACUUUAAUAAAUCUCUUCAAAGAUACUGUACCCGGUCAUAUAUUUCGUGGCAAGAGACGUUUAGUUAAGCCUGUUAGUAAGAAAGCCAUGGAAACACUUGAACGUGAUUACCAACGCCAAGAGAAAAUAAUGUUACUCUUGAGACAUCCCUAUUUGACUGUUGAAGAAUCUUUUGGUCAUGUUAAGGAUUUAAAGAAAUCUGAAGCCAAAAUAAACAUGUGGAAUGAUGCAAAAACAAUGAAAAAAUUAAAACCACAUGUAACCCUGGAGGAUCGCUUAAAUCAUUUAAAAGUUAAAGAAUCAUGGGAUUAAAUAGUCAUUUUGUUACAGUACUCGUUAGUUGUUUUAUUAAGUUAAAAUAAAUUUUUUUAACCCAAA